AUGAACUUAAGGCGUGUGUUAGCAGAUCCUAGGGUAAGAGCAUUUAUAGGAAGUAAUAUUGUCACCCUGGGUGCUGGUACACCUUAUUUAUACUCAUACUAUGCUCCACAAUUAAUUGAAAGGUGCAAUAUACCAAUCUCUACCACUAGUGGAUUGUCAUUAUCCUUAAAUAUUGGAAGUUCUUUGUUUGGAUUUAUUGCAGGUAUGAUUGUAGAUAAAAAUCCAAGGGUUGCCUGCUUAAUUGGCUCAAUUGGCACGUUUAUUGCAUAUACAAUACUUGGGUAUUGUUACGAAUAUCGAAUUUCCAAUUUUUUCUUAUUGUCUCUUUCAUUGUCUCUUUUAGGUUUCUGUUCUGUAUGUGGACUGUAUUCUGCAGUUACAUGUUGCACUAUCAACUUUCCCAAAUAUAGAGGUACAGCAGGUGCAUUUCCUGUAUCUUUAUAUGCAUUAUCAGGUUUAGUAUUUUCUAACCUUUGUCCAUUUUUCUUUGGAACAGACAUACGAAACACUUUCAGAUUUCUGUCAAUCGUAUGCUCAGUAAUGUUACUAAUUGGUGCGCUGACAAUUGUAGUAUUGAAAACGCCAAAUUCAAUGGAAAUUCCAGAGUAUGAACUGAGCUCUCAAGCAGAGGCAAUGACUCCAGAGCUUAACAGUCAAAUAUUUGCCGAACCUAAAGAGCCAUCUACACCUAUACUACAGCCAUCUAUUAGCAAGUUUAGCUCCCCAAGAGAAUCGCUCCUUUCACCUAAAUCUGCUGCAAAUCCACUAGUUAUUCAUACCCUGGAUCAUCGACAAUUCUCGACGUUUGAUUCUACUGUUCCAAUCAAUAGUUAUCAAGAUUCAAUAGAUCACACAUUCACUGACCAACAAAAUGAGAAAAGAACCGUUAAUUCUGUCAUUGUGGCAUUAAAAGAUUACAGAUUUUACAUCCAUUUUUUUAUUCUGGCAACAUUGCAAGGUAUUGGGCAGAUGUAUAUUUAUUCUGUUGGUUAUAUAGUUCAAGCUAAUACUGAGAAAAUUGAUAUUGGUGGUACAUCAGCUAAACUAGAGAAAAUGCAAUCAUUACAAGUUUCCAUUCUGUCUUUAAUGUCAUUUUCUGGGAGACUAGUUUCAGGACCAAUUUCAGACAUAUUAGUGAAGAGGUAUCGUUGCCAGAGAUUGUGGAAUAUUAUUUUUUGUUCUUUGUUAACACUUUUUGCAUCCUGGAUGAUCCUGUCUAAUUCGAGUACACACAGAGAGACAGAUACAUCUACUUUGAACACCUCUAAUUAUUCCACAAUAUCAUAUUGUUCCAUGCUAUUUGGACUAGGAUUUGGCAUAAUGUUUGGAUCAUUCCCAUCAAUAAUAGCCGAGGCAUUCGGCUCGGAAGGGUUUAGUACCAUAUGGGGUCUAAGUACAUCUGGUGGUAUCGUAACUGUUAAAUUUUUUGCUUCUUUGCUAGGAAAUGAAUUAUCACAUAAGGCUGAUUCAUUAACCGGAAUUUGCCAAGAAGGUAGCCCAUGCUAUACUGACACAUUCACAACAGUGCGAUACUCUACGGUAUUAGUUCUUGUUUUCACUUUGGCAUUAAUGUUUAAUAUUCACAAUAAAAGCAAAAAAAAUACUUACAAUUAA